UGUAUAUCGGAACGCAACCUAAAAUUGAAGCGUUUCGGCGUAUCCACUCUCAGAUUUCUCUUUGCUCCAAGUCUAGGUUACCCGGUUUAUUUUGCAAUGACGCAUUGAUUAUUGUUAUUUUGCUAACCUAUAUCCGUGAUUUAGAGCUGCUUACAACAAAUAAUGGCGUCUGGAUUAGAGAGUUACGUGAAUCAUACAGUUUCCAUCAUCACAUCGGACGGUAGAAAUUUUAUUGGCACAUUGAAAGGUUUUGACCAGACUAUCAAUAUAAUUUUGGACGAAUCACAUGAACGAGUAUAUAGUACAACACAGGGAGUGGAACAGGUUGUCUUGGGUUUGCACAUUAUCAGGGGUGAUAACGUAGCGAUAGUAGGAGAAUUGGAUGACGAGAUGGACGCGAGAUUGGAUCUAUCGACAAUACGAGCCGAUCCCCUAAGUUCUAUCACACAUUGAUGAAAUUAUGCCUUAAGUUGCUGUUGGAUUCGCCGCCAGUUUUCCAGUCCAAAUUUAAAUUAAAAGCAAUCGCGAGUAUUAGAAACAAAAUUAAUACAACUUUUCAUACAGGUUGUAUAUUGUAUAAAAAUCUUUCAUUUUUCAUAUAUAGACGUUUACUAUAUAAUUGUAUUUUAAAAAGUGCAUAGAGUUAAUACAGCAGUAUUUACAUCAUUGAGCCAAACCGAAAACUCAUGUUUGAAUCAACAAUUGUUAUCUGUACAAAAAUCUUUAUAUAAUAUGAUAGUAAACUUUGCUCUUUACAAAUGUAAUUUCGUUCUGUAUCUAUAUAAUAUAGCAAUAAUAAUAAACAAAAGUAUGUAGAAUAA